AUGGGUCUCUCGGUCUCUCGCCUGCUUUCCGGUCUCUUCGGCAAGAAGGAAAUGCGUAUUCUAAUGGUCGGUCUUGACGCCGCUGGUAAGACGACGAUCUUGUACAAGUUGAAGCUUGGAGAAAUCGUCACCACCAUCCCAACAAUCGGUUUCAAUGUCGAGACCGUCGAGUACAAGAACAUCUCUUUCACCGUCUGGGACGUUGGAGGACAGGACAAGAUUCGACCGUUGUGGAGGCAUUACUACCAAAACACCCAGGGUAUCAUCUUCGUGGUUGACUCGAACGAUCGGGAACGUGUCUCCGAGGCUCGCGAGGAGCUGCAGCGGAUGCUCAACGAGGACGAGCUCCGGGAUGCUCUCCUCCUUGUCUUCGCAAACAAGCAGGAUCUGCCCAACGCCAUGAACGCUGCUGAGAUCACCGACAAGCUCGGCCUUCACGGGCUAAGACAGCGAACGUGGUAUAUCCAGGCAAGUGCGGCGUGCGCCACGUCUGGUGACGGUCUGUACGAGGGGCUUGAGUGGCUGAGCGCCAACAUCAAGCGACGGGUGUAA